UAUGAGCAAUAUUAAAGUAUUUUGCAGAAUCCGACCUUUAAAUUAAAAAGAAACAUCACUAAUUAAUUAUAGCAUUAGAGAUUAAACUAUACAAUUAGGUGAGUAAAAGUUUACUUUUGAUAAGAUCCUUGAUAGUAAUACAAACUAAUAAUAAGUGUAUGAUGAAAUAGGAAAACCUAUUAUAGAUUAAAUUCUAUAAGGAUUUAAUGCCACAUUAUUAAUGUAUGGAUAAACAUCAUCUGGUAAAACUUACACUAUGAUUGGUGAUUAAUAAUAACCAGGUAUCAUUAGAAGAACUAUCAAUGAUUUGUUUGAUGCAAUAGAGAGCUCUCCAACAGAAUCUGAAUUUAGAAUUAAAAUUUCAAUUGUUGAAAUAUAUAAAGAAAAAGUUAAGGAUCUAUUAGAUGUUAAUAAAUAAGAUUUAAAAGUAAGAGAAAUGGCUAACUAAGGAUUUUAUAUUCAACAAGUAUCAUAAUUAUGGGUUAGUGAUAAAGAUGAAAUUUAUAAUGCAUUAUAAAAAAGUUUGGUCAAUAGAUAAGUUGGUUAUACUAAUCUUAAUGAUAUGUCUUCAAGAUCUCAUCUUUUAUUUUAAAUGGUAAAUUUAUUUAAAAUUCUAUUAGACUGUUAUUAUGAAUAAUGAAAUUGAAGGAACUUCAUAUACAGGAUAAUUAAUUAUGGCUGAUCUUGCAGGUAGUGAAAAUGCAUCCAAAGCAGGAACAACUGGAACCACAUUACAAGAAGGAUCAUUCAUUAAUAAGAGUCUGCUUACUCUUGUAAUUCUUAUUUAUUAUAUAUCUAGUCUAAUGUAAUAAAUGGAUUAUCAGAAAAAUAAUAACAUGUACCUUUUAGAGAAUCUAAUUUAACAAAAUUAUUAUGGAAUGGAUUAAGUAAAAAUUCUAUGACUUCUUUGAUUAUCACAUGUAGUCCAAGUGAUAGUAAUGAAUCUGAAACACUCAGUACUCUUAGAUUUGGAGUUAGAGCUAAAAUGAUUAAAACAUAACCAAAAGUAAACAAAGAAGUGACAAUUAAAGAAUUAGAAAUUCAAAAUAAUAAAUUGAGUAAAGAACUUGAAGAAAAAAAUUAUAUUAUUAAUUAAUUAAAAAAGGAUGAUAAUAAAGUUAAAAUUAUCAAAUUAGAAGAAUAAAUAUUAUAAUUGAAUAAAGAAAAUUAAUAAUUGAAAGAUUAAAAUUCAUAAUUGAUUACUGAUUUAGAUAUGAGAUCUAUGGACUAUUUAGAAAUUUAAACAAAUUUAAAAAAUUCAUUACUUGAAUCAGAUCGAUUAUAAUAAUCUAAUGUAAAUUAUUAAAAGUAAAUUCAAUAAUUUUAAUUAAAUAAAGAUAUUGAAAUUUAAGAAUUGAAUAAUUAAAUUGAUUAUCUUAAAUAAUAAUUAUAACAAAAAGAUGAAAAUAUAUAAUAAUUAUCUAAACAUUUAGAAAACAUUUAAAAAGCUAAAACUUAAAAUGCUUAAUUAUAAUUGGAUGAAUAUUGUAUUGAAAAAAUAUAAACAUAAAAUAUGACAGAUUUACUUAAAGAAAUAGAUGAACUUAAAACAAAGGCAUUUCAAGAAAAGAAUAAGAUUAAACAAUUAAAUAAAGUUUAUGAAAGUUAAAUUCUUGUUUAUACAAAACAAAUUCAAAGUUAAGAGACUGAAAUAUCUAAAUUAAAUGAAGAUAUUAAAAAUUAUUAAUUAUAACUUAUGAAAAAUAAUAAUGAAUUACUCAAUUUAACAACAUAAAAUAAUCGACUUCUUAAAGAUUUAGAAAAUAGAGUUUAAAAAGUAACUGAAUUAUAAGAAAAAUAUGAUUACUAAUACGAUUAAUUAAAUAAAUUAAAAAAAUAAUUAAAUCUUGAAGAAGUAGGUGUUUAUGAAGAAAAUUAAAAAUUACAUUCAUAAAUAUAAGAAAUAUAAAAAAAGUAUCUAUAAGAAGAGUCUUUAAGAAGAUCCUAUUAAUUAACUUCAAGUUAAACUUUAUAAGCUAAACUUUCAAGAAUUUAAUAAUUAGAAUCGUAAUUUAUUUAUUAUAUUAAAGGGAAAACUAUCAAUUAAAAUUAGAUAUUUAAAACUCAUAGAUACUAAGAUCAUAAAACUAUAAUGAAUCUGUCAUUGUUUCAUAAUUCUAAUCUGUCAAUAAAGGAAGUACAAUUUCAAAAGUUGUUAAAAAAUAAUAAAAUUACAUUGAUUUAUUGUGA